AUAUUCACAGUCAGAGCCAGAGACGCAGAUUUUAACCAGAAUGCCCGUGUAUCUUACAUACUGGAGGACUCGUCGGUAAACGGAGUGCCCGUUUCCUCAUUAGUGUCCGUUAGUGCUGAUAGUGGAGUCAUACAUGCAGUGCGAUCUUUCGAUUACGAGCAGAUCAAAGAUUUGCAGUUCCGCGUAAAAGCGCAGGACGGAGGCUCCCCUCCUCUCAGCAGCAAUGUGAGCGUGAAAAUAACGAUUCAGGACCAGAAUGACAACGCGCCUCAGGUUCUGUAUCCGGUCCAGUCAGGCGCUUCUGUGGUGGCUGAAAUAGUGCCUCGUUCGGCAGAUGUGGGUUAUCUGGUGACUAAAGUGGUGGCUGUUGAUGUGGACUCUGGACAGAAUGCCUGGCUCUCAUAUAAACUGCAGAAAGCCACAGACAGGGCGCUGUUUGAAGUGGGCUCACAGAAUGGAGAAAUAAGAACUGUACGCCAAGUGACAGAUAAAGAUGCUGUGAAACAAAGACUCACUGUUGUAGUGGAGGACAACGGGCGGCCCUCUCGAUCAGCUACAGUCAAUGUUAACGUGGCGGUGGCGGACAGUUUUCCUGAAGUGCUCUCGGAGUUCACUGAUUUUCCGCACGACAAGGAAUACAACGACAAUCUGACUUUCUAUCUGGUCUUGGCCUUGGCUGUAGUUUCGUUUCUCUUUAUCGUGUCUAUCAUUGCCAUACUGUCAGUCAAAUGCUACAGAUGGAGACGCGAGCAGAUGUUUUACAAAUCUGGAGCAAAUCUUCCAGUUAUUCCGUAUUAUCCGCCUCUUUACGCAGAUGUAGGGGGCACAGGAACUUUACAGCACGUGUAUAAUUAUGAGGUUUGCAGAACCACUGACUCCAGAAAGACUGAUCUGAAAUACGAAAGACCUUGCAGUGAGAGCAUCAUUAGUCUGGACAGCAGCGGGACACAGACACUCACGCAUGCGCAAAAGCAGAGGCUGAACUUUGACGAUUGUGACGAUCAGGUGAGAAAUAUUUUUUUUUUUAUCCUGACUUUCACUUGUCUUUGUCAUGAAGUGAGAAAUUAUAUUUAGCGUU